AUGCGACAGUUAAUACAACUGUACAGUAUACGAUGGCUUUUCGGUGGUUCAGUUCGAUCUCUCGGACUAUCAUCCAAACAUUAUGUGAAACGCAAACGGAGAAAAUUUAUCGAUCCUGUUGUGGUUAGCAAAACACCCAGUAAGAAGAAGAUUGCUGAAAUUUACGAAGACAUGAAAGUCGGAGAAUUGGCCAAAGUGUUAGAAAGUUCUGAAGAAGAAAUUUUACAAGUGCUGAAAAAUUUAAACAAAUCACCAAGAGGCAACAAUGGAAUACUGGAUAUGUCUAGUAUCACUACUGUAGUUGGUGCUUUUGGUUUGAAACCAAAGCUGGUAGCACAUCCUCGAAGUGUUGUCGAUAAUAAUUUUGAAUUGGAUGCUUUUCCACAGCCUUUACCUCCAGAAGAUGAAUUAAGAAAACGUGCCCCUGUAAUCACAAUAAUGGGACAUGUUGAUCAUGGAAAGACAACACUUCUUGAUUGUCUAAGGCAUUCUCAAAUUGUAGAAAGCGAAUAUGGUGGCAUUACACAACAUAUCGGCGCUUUUACACUAAAAGAAAAAGAUUGUGAGAUUACAUUUCUGGACACACCUGGACAUGCGGCAUUUGCCAAAAUGCGAGAACGGGGCGCACAAUCAACUGAUAUAGUCGUUCUGGUGGUUGCUGCUGAUGACGGGGUAAACGAACAAACGGUACAGUCCAUAAAUUAUGCAAAGCAAGCAAACGUACCGAUCGUUGUUGCCAUCAAUAAAAUUGAUAAAGCUAAUGCUAAUCCUGUGGGUGCUUAUAGAAUGAAAGCUAAGCAGUCACUUGUGGAACAUGGAAUUUUAGUGGAUGACCUUGGUGGUGAUGUUCUUUGUGUUGAAAUUUCAGCCCUGCAAGGUAAAAAUGUGCAUGAACUGAAGGAAGCAAUCUUGCUGCAAGCUGAAGAUAUGAAUUUGCGUUCAACUUGGAAUGGAUUAGUGGAAGGGAUUGUGAUUGAGUCAAAAAUCCAGCCCGGUAUUGGCAAGGUUUGUACAAUGAUUGUUCAACGUGGGACUCUUGUGAAAGGCGCAGCACUGGUAGCUGGAACAUCUUGGGCUAGAGUUCGUGCAAUCCACGAUGAAUUUGGUCGCGAGUUAGCGAAAGCUGUCCCAAGUACCCCUGUAGUUGUCGCUGGCUGGCGAGAAAAUUUGCCUACUCCAGGGGAACGAAUUCUGCAACUGGAAAAUGAACAAAGGGCUCAGCAAGUUGUUCGUUAUAGAUUGAGGAAGGAAAUAAAUAAAAAAAUGGAACAAGAUUGGGUGAGUCAUGCUGCACUAUUCCGUGGAGUCAUUUCUGGUACUGGUUAUGAUGAAAAAACUGCCAAACAACGAAUUGAGAAAGAUAGAAAGGAAUAUUUAGAAAAUCGUCGUAAGUUGUUAGAUGCUGGUAUGCGUACCGGCUCUACAUUGCGUCUGAUCGUACACAAAUAUUCAAAGGAUUUUGUUCAGCAGCAGAAAUAUCAGAAGGAUACUAAAAAUCAAAAACCAUGCGUAAGGUUAAUGCUCAACGCUGAUGUUGAUGGAACCCUUGAAGCCAUCCUAAAUGUUUUUGAUACCUACAAAUCGGAGGAAGUUGAAUUGGAUCUUGUGAAAUUCGAUGUUGGACCACCCAGUGAGAGUGAUAUCAAGUUAGCAAAAGAUCUUGAAAUUCUGCUUUACUGUUUCAAUGUUCAAGUUACACCUGGAUUGCGACGUGUUGCUGAACAGUUAGGCGUGGAAAUUAAUUGCUUCAAUGUUAUUUAUCGCUUGGUAGAAGAUUUAAAAAGCCGUUUAUCGGAUUGCCUUCCGGAAGAAGUGAUGCUUGAACAAGUCGGCGAAGGACAUGUAAUAAAAUGUUUUUCGGUGAUUGUUGAGCGAAAGAAACAGUCGGUUGCCGGUACUCUGGUAGACUGGGGUACUAUCAACAAGUCGGAUUCGUUACGGGUGCUAAGAGAUACGACUGUCAUUUUUGAAGGAUCCAUACGUUCGAUGCGCAUUGGAACACAGGUAGUAAAUUCGGCAAGCAAAAACGAAGAAGUAGGUAUUGCUGUGUCGAAUGAAAAAAUCGUUUUCAAAGAAGACGACAUUAUUGAAACAUAUCGAGAGAAGAAAAUAAAAAAGCAAAUCAAUUGGAAUCCUCCGGGUUUUUAG